GAAGCUCCUAGGACCAAAUGGGCGCUUCAUGGAGUUGGGCAAAAGGGGCAUUUGGACGCAUGAGCAGAUGAAGGAAGCUCGCCCAGAUGUUUACUAUGAGACUAUCGCUGUGGACACCAUGAUGGAGGAGGAUCCUGCAUGGUUUGGUGGCAUGCUUGAUAGAAUCAGGGAGCGGGUGGAGAGCGGAGAGAUAAUCAGCCUUCCCCUGAAGGUGUUUGACAUGGAGGAUCCUGUUGAAGGGGGAGUAGCUGCAUUCCGGUUUCUGCAGCGAGCCCAGCACAUUGGAAAGGUCGUCGUCAAGUUUGCUAGCGCAAUUGAACCAGUGGAAGAUGGAGCUAUUGUUAUAACGGGAGGCCUAGGCGCGCUGGGUCUGGUUGUUGCCGGUUGGCUUGCAGAGGAAGGUGCUCGGAACAUUGUCUUAAUAGCCCGCCGCGAUGCUCCGCCUGCACCAGGUAACGUACCGGAAUGGGACUGGCUAUCGAAUAUAAACUGCAAAGUCAGUUUCUUCUCUUGUGAUGUCUCGAACUACGAAAGUGUACGUGGUGUAUUCAAGAAGAUUCAGAAGACUGUGGCUCCAAUAAAGGGGAUAUUCCAUGCAGCUGGAGCUCUUGCAGACUCCUUGCUUGACAGUCAGUCUCUCGAAGGACUUCGUCGCGUUUACAAUGGCAAAGUCAUAGGUGCAUGGAACAUCCAUCGUGUCUGCGAAGAGCAGGGCAUCGACAAGGAUCUUCAGUUCUUCGUGCUUUUUUCUUCAAUAUCUUCUCUCAUUGGAAACGUCGCACAGGCUAACUAUGCCUCAGCCAACGCGUGUUUGGAUGCAUUGGCACGGUGGCGCAGAAGAAAAGGGCUUUGCUGUCAGUCAAUUCAGUGGGGGCCAUGGAUUGAGCAGGGCAUGGCUGUGGAGAUGAGGCAACAGUUGGCUAGGAAUGGCAUGAAGGGCAUCACGAACGAGCUUGGAUUUAGAACUCUUCACGACGUUCUUCUUCACCCGGAAUGCCCCCCAGUCUUAGCUUGUCAGGCAUUCAAAUGGAGAGCAUUCUUCAUCCGAUACGUCACCGUCCCUCCUUUGUUUGAGGGGGUUCCACAGGAGGCUGCAGAUUUGCCAGAGUCAUCCGGGAUGACUAUGAAGCAUCUCUCUGCAGCGGAGAGGAAAGAGUUCAUCAAGGCCCAAGUGGCCGCAGCGGCUCGCCAGGUUCUCGGCAGCAGCUCUGCUCCCUCCUUUGACAAGCCGUUGCAGGACCUCGGAGUAGACUCACUCGGUGCCGUUGAGUUCCGCAACCUCCUCUCCAAAAAGUUGGGCAUGAAGCUCUCCGCAACUACUUUAUUCGACUACCCAACAUUGAAUGCAAUCACUGAAUACGUCUUUGAAGCAACGGGGGAAGAAAAGGGUCCCGCUGAUGGCAGUGCCGGACUUCAACUGGGGCGCGUCGCUGUUGUGCAUGACGGCCUAGCUGUUGUCUCCGUUGCCUGCCGGCUUCCCGGACGGUCUAACUCGCCUGAGGCCGUGUGGCAGAUGCUGCUUGACCGCACAGACUGCAUGAUGGAUAUUCCGCUUAGCAGGUGGAGCGUAUACGAAAUGUACAACGACGACUUCGACUUUCCGGGAAAGGCCUAUGUCAAACGUGCAGCCUUUAUUGACAAUGUAGAGUACUUCGACAAUACACUGUUCAACAUCACUCCUCCAGAGGUUAAGGCCAUGGACCCACAGCAACGGAUCCUGCUUGAAGUCUCUUAUGAAACCUUCAUAUCGUCAGGCUUCACCAAAACAUCUCUCCAUAAUGCCAACAUCGGAGUAUUUGUCGGCGUUUGUAAUCACGACUGGAUCUACCUUAUGUCUGAUGACACAAUUUCCUCCUUUUCGGGAACUGGAUCUGCUGGAUGCAUCAUUGCGAACCGCUUGUCGUACGUAUAUGGAUUGAAGGGCCCAUCGGUAGCAGUUGACACAGCUUGCUCCUCCUCCCUCGUUGCGGUUGAUGUUGCAUUCGAAAAGGUUUUCCGCGGAGAUUGCAAAUCCGCUCUAGUCGCUGGCGCUAACUUAAUGUUGACUCCGCAUCUGUUCAUCGCAUUUUGCAAGGCGCGCAUGCUAUCUCCCGAUGGAAAGUGCAAAACAUUCGACGCCUCUGCAGAUGGAUAUGCGCGAGGUGAAGGUGUGGCAGCAGCCUUGCUUGUGCCUUUAAGUGAAGCUCAGGAAGCAAAAAUGGAAGUCUUGGCUGUUAUUCGAAGUACAGCGUGUAACCAUGUAGGCCGCAGUGCCAGUCUUAUCGCACCUAAUGGCCCAAGUCAAGCCGAUGUUGUUCGUUCAGCAAUUGCCAGAGCAGGUAUUAAGCCGGAUGACAUCUGCUACGUGGAGACUCAUGGAACUGGUACAGCACUAGGAGACCCCAUCGAGGUGCAUGCUUUGAAGGGCGUUUUCGCUAAUGGGAGACCUAAAGAUGCCCCACUUGUUCUGGGCGCUGUAAAGACCAACAUCGGCCACCUCGAGGGGUCGUCAGGAAUUGCAGGGUUGAUUAAGGCGAUACUAGUAUUGCAGAACAGGACUGUCCCUCCUAACAUCCACUUUAAGAAGCUUAACGAACACAUUAAUGUCUCCGAUUUCCCUGUUCAGUUUCCCACAGAUACUGUUCAGCUGAAGGCAAGCGGGCCAUCAAAGCGACUCCUUGCUGGCGUCAGUUCGUUCGGGUUUGGAGGGGCCAAUGCUCACGUAGUUCUUGAGGAGGUACCACCCAGUCUCCGGUCUGUCAGGCGACCUGUAAGCAGGCAGAAAAUCUGCUUUAUGUUUACUGGACAGGGGUCGCAAUACGUUAACAUGGGGAAGGUCUUGUAUGAGGAAAAUGAGACAUUCCGCUCGAGUCUGCUUAAGGCAAGCGAUAUCGUGGUCGGCAUUUUGGGGGUUUCCAUAAUCGACAUCCUCUACCCAUCCCCGCAAAAGGAAAGUGAGGCGAGGGAACUUCUUGCCGGCAACACCAUUUCCCAGUUGGCUUUGUUUGCAUUUGAAUAUGCACUAGCUGAAUUAUGGAUGUCCAAGAGCGUCUUCCCUGAUAUGGUCCUCGGACACAGCCUCGGCGAAUACGUAGCAGCUUGCGUGGCAGGAGUUUUCACUCUUGAGGAUGCUCUUCAACUGGUGGCUGCUCGCGCCAAGAUCAUGGGAGACACACCCUCAAAGGAUGGGGUCAUGGCAGCAGUCCGUGCCACAGAAGAACAAGGUGAGAAAGCCAUUUCCGCCUAUUAUGGAGAAAAAAAACGGGAGUCGUCAGUCGCCGUUGUCAACGGGUUGAAGAGCAUUGUACUAGCUGGUCCACGAAAGGAUGUAUCAGCAAUUCUCGACCAAAUGGAAGCUUCCUCCAGAGCAAAAUUUCUCUCUGUUUCUCACGCGUUCCACUCCCCCUUGGUUGAGUCGACGUGUUCGCCAUUCAAAAAGAUAGUGGAGCAGGUGCACCUAAAUGCGCCGCACGUUGAGAUGAUUUCCACUGUCACGGGUGAAUUGUGUGACGAGGCACUUAGACAACCCGAUUACUGGGCUGAGCACAUCAUUAAGAAAGUUCGGUUCUGUGAUGCUGUCCAGCAGUGUGUUGCGAACGGGGCCACUUUGUUGGUAGAAAUUGGGCCGCGUCCCACCCUUACGUUAAUGGGAAAGGGGUGGGCUAUAAUACAGGCUACCGUUGAGCCCUCCACGCAGUUACCAAUUGGUAUUCUCGUAGAAUGGAGUUUGUCUAUCGUGUCUUUCCAAAUGCUGUGUGCAGCAAGAGGCGCUACACCGGCGUCCGUCGUCUUCAACAGGAAGUACUUCCCAUGGAGAGAUAUCUGCCACCCGCUGCUUGGCCGCAAGGAAACUCGUGAAGACGGCCGCGUGGAUUUUGUCGGCGGCCUAGGCGAAGAGGCGGAGUUGCUAUUUGCUGAUCACGUAGUCAAGGCUCAACCAAUGCUGCCCGCAACAUCCAUGUUGGAGCUUAUGGCAGUGGCCUCCAGGGAGGUGUUAGACAAAGGAGCAGCGGCAAGCCCGCCGUGCUUGUCCCAGCUUGUCUUUGAAAAGCCACUCACCUUCCAACCAGAAUCAAAAGUAUCUAUAUCCGUUUCUGUCGAUUCGUAUGGCCAGGUGCGACUAAUGAGUACUUCAGAAGCCGAUGAAGGAGAGGAGCGGAUUCACGCUCAUGCCCAAAUUCUCACGAGUGCAAUUGAGCUGCCAGACGUCGACAACAAAGGCAUUCUUAAGGCUUGUCCUGAUGAGGUUGACAUGGCCACUGCAUAUGCAGAGUUCCAGAAGGUUGGCUUGUCAUACGGUCCACGAUUCCGCACUAUCAAGCGCGCUUUCAAGGGUGAAAAUGCCGUUGUUGGGCUUCUGCAGGCUGUGAGCCCCAAAAAUUUCGAACGUGGAUUUCGAAUGCAUCCCGCUGUUAUGGACGGUGCGCUACAGCUAUCAGCCAUUUUACUAUCGGAGAAAGGGCAGCGUAGGGCUAUGAUUCCAUUUUCCAUUGAAUCUGUCACCAUGCUAAGCGCGAGCGCAGACAAGGAAGUAUGGGCGAGGGUUUCACUUCUGUCUAGGACAUCAACGGCGGCCACCGUGGACGCUCAGCUGUUUACAGCCGAUGGCAAGGUAAUAGCCGAUUUUGGCGGGGUCACAUUCCGCCAAAUUGAUAUGGAGCCAUCUGCUGCGGUACCUCGAGAUCUUUUGUGGUACACCGAAUGGAUUCCUGCCUCGAAGCUGGAGGCGCAAACUACAGCAGAAACUGAAAGUGAGAGUAUUGGCCAACUAUCGCCACUUAGCAACAAAGUGCAAACCCCCCUCACGCCGGAACCAGCUGACGAAGACAAUGCAAAUCCUCAGUCAGACGACAUUGAACCAUGUUCAACGGACACGUGCAGCACAGCAGAACCAACGAGGCCAACCGUCAUUUUCCUCGACUGCACUGGAGACCACGAAGCCCUGCGCAGUGACUUCUCCGACUGUGAGGAGACGACCGUUGUGUGGCUCACCCAGCCUACAGCUGAGACAAUUGCUAACACCCUGUCAAUGCCCGAUGCCUCUUCAGCUAUCGCGUCGGAGAAAAUGUUAUUCGUCCUCGCACUCACAUCCACCUCGACUCCUCAAGACACUCUUUCUUCAGUCCUGGAAAUAGCCAAAAUCAUGGCUUCCCAAAAGGCUGCCCAGUUUUACCCUAUGUGGAUUCUUACUUGCGGGACCCAAGGGCCAACAUACGACUGUGUGCACCCACAGAACGCGGGGAUCUGGGGUCUUGUACGUUCUGUGCGCCUGGAGUUGGACGCUAGUGGAGUGUCGCACUUCAUUGGAUGCGCAGACAUUGAAGAGGGACUGGAUAUCGCUAGAGCAGUUAAUGAAAUCAUGGAUCAGCAUCUUGUUCAUCCGCAGGAGUCGGAGAUGCUUGUUCGUUCUGCAGACUUGGGUUCUGGUCUCCAAGUGCUUUUCCCGAGACUUAGCCGUUCUGGAUUAGUCGUGCGUGGCCCACUGGAGUUGUAUUUGCCUGACCGCGGAGCAGUGACAAAUUUGGUACUUCGUCCGCAAGCGCAUGUGCAGCCUGGUUCACUGGAGCCAGGCCAAUGCCGCAUUCGUGUGCGCGCAGUUGGCCUGAAUUUCCGAGAUGUGUUGAAUGUCAUGGGUCUUUAUCCGGGGGACCCAGGACAACCCGGUGCAGACUGCGCAGGUACAGUAGUGGCAGUUGGCGACAAGGUCUCCGGUCUCAAGAUCGGCGAUAGCGUAUUUGGUAUUGCCCAAGGGUGUCUCAAAACGUUCGUCACAGCGUCUUCUGACUUGUUGAGACCGAUGCCUGCCACAUGUUCUUUCGAAGAAGCAGCUGCAUUGCCGGUGGUAGCAGCGACUGUAGAGUAUGCCUUGGGGCAGCUGGCUGAAGUUAAGGCUGGUGACAAGGUCCUCAUACACACGGCAACAGGCGGCGUAGGACUUAUUGCCAUCCAGCAUUGCCAGAAGGUAGGGGCAACAGUUUAUGCAACGUGCAGUGGGGGUGUCAAGGAAGAGCAUCUGAAGUCCGCCGGGAUCCAGUAUAUCACAACUAGCCGAGACUCCAAGACCUUCGCAAAGGAGAUGCGCGAGUUCCUAGGACCUGAUGGACACAUAGAUGUAGUGCUGAACACUCUCGUAGAAGAUUACAUUCCGGAGUCCCUGAAGCUCCUAGGACCAAAUGG